ACGAGGCUGGGAGGUACACUAUUGUUAUCGAUUACAGUUCGUCCCUUUAUCACAAACCAACGCAGCGAGAAGAUUCAAACCACGCACGUAGUGUAGUGACCUUCACACAGUGCCACACUACACCUGACGGCUAUUAAAGGAUUUUACGACACCAGCUUUCGUUACGUGGUCGAUUCUGUCCGGCAUCAGCCGGAAGUUCGCGAGUCUCGCGUCACGCAACGUGUUAAGUCACUUAACAACUCGAAAGGCAAGUGGGUCUGUACUCAGUAAGCGUCCAGUGGGCAGCCCCGUACGUAUUUAGAAAUGGAGGUUUGCGUAGACAACGUGGAAUCGGCAGUGAAUGCAGCUGCUGGAGGCGCAUCACGUCUAGAACUGUGCAGUGCACUAAGUGAAGGAGGGCUGACACCAACAAAAGGCUUAUUGACGAUCAUAAAAAGACUGGUCUCAAUUCCAGUGUUUGUUAUGCUGAGGCCAAGAAAAGGUUCGGAUUUUGUUUUCUCCGCCGACGAACUGGAGGCAAUGUAUACGGAUGCAUUAGUGUUAAGAGAAGCAGGCGCAGAUGGUUUCGUGUUCGGUGCUCUUACCCAUGGAGGCGACGUUGAUAUAGCAGCGUGUAGGCGUGUACUUGAAAUUGCGUCCGAUAAACCCGUGACCUUCCACAGAGCAUUUGAUGUAACAUGCGAGCCAUAUGGGGCGCUGGAAACGAUCAUAGACCUUGGCUUCUCGAGAUUGCUAACAAGCGGCCAAGCAUCAUCAGCAGAAAAAGGAUUGGAACUUAUUAAGGAACUUAUACUAAGAGCAAGAAACCGAAUUAUUGUCAUGCCAGGAGCAGGAAUAACAAUAAAAAAUUUGCCAGUAAUACUAAAUGAAACCAAAGCGAGAGAAUUUCAUGGCUCUGCACGCAUUCCGAAACAAUUAGUUUUGAGAAAAAUUAAUUGUUCAAUGGCGUCUGAUGAUGAUUCUGCGAUGCUUGUUACAAGUACUGAUGUGGUCAGAGAAAUGGUUACCAUAUUUUCAUCAUAUGCAUCAACGUAAAUAGUACUUCCCUGCUGUCUGGUAAAAUUGAAAUCUUUUAGCUUACGUUCUUCAUCUUCCCUGCUGUUCAAACUAUUGCUUUUGGCAAAAGGAAAUAAUUUCAAGCACUAUUCACGCAACCUAAAAGAUUAGAUGUUAUGUCUCUGAUAAAAAUUUUCUUUGUGCUAUAACCAGAUUAAUUUUAAAAGACAUUAAGAUCGAAAUUAUGUAAGAGAUCCGACUCACAACUUACCAAAUUACACAGUACCUAAGAUUUUAAAUGAAUACUUCCAGUAGUUUGUGUAUAUCAAAAAACCAAGCUGUAUUUGAGUUCUGUAUAGAACAAUAGGCGUGCCUGACAAUGUUUCGCUUAAUGGAAUUACUCUACAUUGCUUUUGUGGAGUAUACAAUAUGCUGAUUACGUCAGACAAGUUAAAAACUGUGUGCUUUAAUGAAACUCACAGUCGUGAUACUCGACGAAACUGCUUGAAGUGAUUGAGAAGCCUGUGUUAUGUCAAAGCUUUGGCCUGGGUUUCAUGCUACUUUAGUAGUGCCUGUGAAAGGCAGAUAUCUUGUCCUGUAUAACACAGUUUUCUACUUGUCAUAUACUGUCCAUGUUCAUUAUUCACAACAGUAUAUCAAAGGGAUCCUCAAUUCCUUGUGUUGCAUGUGCUGGCAGCUUGUUAAAGAUAUGUGUCCAACAAAGCAGAACCCCUCUCUGAAGAAUGAGC